AUGGCGGAGACUGCAAUCCCGAAAGAUGUCCCCAAGGAUGCUGUGACUGCGACGAUUGACUUGCUCAAGCCGCAAGAAUCGCAGGACAAGACGCUCAAGAUCGAAAACACUGAGAAGAGAGACACCUUGAUUGAGGCCGAAAAGAAGUAUCAGAAGUCUUGGGAAGAACAAGGAGUUUUCCAGCCGGAUGCACCGUCUCUCGAGGAAGUACCAUUUGACACCAACCCGGAGGAGCUACGCGCACAACAUCCAAAAUGGUUCGGUAACUUUGCCUAUCCAUACAUGAACGGAACUCUCCACGCCGGCCAUGGUUUCACUGCGUCGAAAGUUGAGUUCACUGCCGGUUUCCAGAGAAUGACUGGCAAGCGGACCUUGUUCCCUCUUGGUUACCACGUGACCGGCAUGCCUAUCAAAGCCUGCGCAGACAAGCUUGUGAGAGAAGUGGAGCAGUUCGGCAAGAACUUUGAGCGAUGCCCUGUUGAGGAUGUUACAGAGGCGCCCCAAGAACCGCCUGCACCCACACAGGCAGAGACCAAGACUGACCUCUCCAAAUUCAAGGCCACCAAAGGUAAAGCAGCGGCCAAGACAAUCAAGACCAAGUAUCAGUUCCAGAUCAUGCUCGCACAAGGCAUCCCUGUGGAAGAGAUUCACAAAUUCGCGGAUCCGUACCACUGGAUCCAGUUCUUCCCUCCCCUUGCCAAGCGCGACCUUACAAACUUUGGUGCCAGAAUAGACUGGCGACGACAGUUCGUCACUACAGAUGCCAACCCAUACUACGACUCGUUUGUUGCAUGGCAGAUGCGCAAGCUUAAGGAGCUUGGCAAGAUCAUAUUCGCCAAGAGGUACACAAUCUACAGUCCCAAAGAUGGCCAGGCAUGUAUGGACCACGACAGACAAUCUGGUGAGGGCGUUGGCGUACAGGAGUACACAGCUUUGAAAAUGAAGGCAGUGAAAUGGUCGGACGCGGCGAAGGCUAUCAUCGAUGGAAAGCUUCCCGAGGGCGCUAAUGCAUACUUCGUCCCCGCUACGCUGAGGCCCGAGACUAUGUACGGCCAGACCUCGUGUUUUGUCGGACCCACCAUCGAGUACGGACUGUUCCAUGUCAAAGAUAACGACUACUUCGUCUGCAGUCAGCGUGCAGCUCGCAACAUGAGCUACCAACCUGGCACACCCGGUACUUUCUCUGAAGAGGGCAAGAUUAAUCAAAUUGCGAGCUUCAAGGGCAAGGAUCUUGUCGGUACCAUUGUGAACGCACCUCUCUCUGUUCACAAGGAGGUCUACAUCCUGCCUAUGGAAACCGUCAAGGACACCAAGGGAACUGCCGUCGUCACUUGCGUUCCUUCCGACUCGCCCGAUGAUUACAUCACGUCGUUUGACUUGGCGAAGAAGGCCGAGUACUACGGUAUUCAGAAGGAUUGGGUCAAGUUCGACGACAUCCUUCCCAUCAUCGACACCCCGACCUACGGCAACCUUUGCGCCAAGAAGCUUGUAGAGGACCUGAAGAUUCAGUCGCCCAAAGACUCCGCUAAGCUUGCAGAAGCGAAGGACAAGGCGUACAAGGAAGGCUUCUACAAGGGUACCAUGGUGUACGGUGAGCUGAAGGGCAAGUCUGUCGAGGAAGCCAAGCCUCUGGUUCGCAAGCAGCUUAUCGACGCUGGUGAUGCUUUCCCCUACGCCGAGCCCGAUGGCAAGGUCAUAAGCCGCAGUGGCGAUGACUGCGUUGCUGCUUUGCUCGAUCAGUGGUAUAUGAACUAUGGUACUGCAGAAAAUGGUGGUGAUGGGGAGUGGGCCGAGAAGGUCCGCGCUCACAUUGAGAAUGAGCUCAACCUCUACUAUCCUGAGGCGAAGAACCAGUUUUUGCGUGUUGUCGACUGGCUGGGUAACUGGGCCUGCGCGCGUUCGUACGGUCUUGGCUCGAAAGUUCCUUGGGACGAGGCUGUCAUGGUCGAGUCUCUUUCGGACUCCACAAUCUACCAGGCUUACUAUUCCUUCGCUCAUCUUCUGCACAAGGACAUGUUUGGCAAGGAGCCCGGCCCUCUCAAUAUCAAGCCAGAGCAGUUUACUGACGAUGUCUGGGACUACGCCUUCGGCCGCCGCGAGCGCAUGAACAUUCCUGAUUCGGACAUUCCGAAGGAGGCUCUGCAAACUUUGAGGAGGCAUUUCGACUACUGGUACCCGCUCGAUAUGCGUACAAGUGGUAAGGACUUGAUCCAGAACCACUUGACCUUCAACCUCUAUGUCCACAUCGCCAUCUUCAAUCAGGAGAACUGGCCACGCAGUUUCCGUGUAAACGGUCAUCUGCUUUUGAAUGGCGAGAAAAUGAGCAAGUCGACUGGUAACUUCCUCACCAUCGCCGGUGCUGUAGAAAAGUUCGGCGCGGACGCUACGCGUCUGGCCCUCGCUGAUGCUGGAGAUGACAUGAAUGAUGCCAACUUUGAAGAAACGGUCGCCAACGCUAACAUCUUGAAGCUGUACGAGCUGCGCAAAUGGUGCGAGGAGCUUGUUCGCGAGAAAAUCACCAUUGCAGACGGUUCCAAGUACACGGAGACCAAGGAGAAGGAGCGCGUGAGAAAUCCCGACGUCAUUCAGCGUCAGAGCGGAAGCGAACGUGUUCUUCUCGACGAGAUGUUCGACAACGAGAUGAAUGCGCUCGUCGCCGAGACAUAUGGUCAUUACUCAAGCACCAUGUACAAGGCAGCUCUCAAAUCGGGUUACCAUGACUUCACAUCCGCUCGUGACUUCUAUCGCGAGGCCACCAAGGCUGCUGGUAUCGGUAUGCAUGAGGACCUCGUUAAGAAGUUUAUCGAACUACAGGCUUUGAUGAUCGUUCCCAUUGCCUCUCACUGGGCUGAGCACAUCUGGCUUGAGGUGCUCAAGAAGGAUGAAACCGUACAGAAGGCGCAGUGGCCCAAGGUUCCUGAGGCGGAUGCGCGCCUCUCUGCUGCCCGUGACUUUGUUCGCACUACACAGUCAAACAUCACGUCUGCUGAAGGCGCAGCUGUCAAGCGUCUAAGCAAGGGCAAGGCCGCAAGUUUCGAUCCUAAAAAGGAAAAGAAGAUCACCAUCUUCGCAGCGCAGGAGUUCCCUACUUGGCAGAAGAAGUACAUUCAGUUGAUUCGCGACAACUACCCGAACCUCGAUAUCAAGGUCCUUAGCAAGCAGAUUGAUAAGUCUGAGUCAAAGAAGGCCAUGCCUUUUAUCAAUGCCCUCAAGCGUCGUCUUGACGCUGGGGAGCCCAUUGACAUCGUUCUCAACCGUGAGCUCGCCUUCAACGAGCUUGAUACUCUGCGCUCUAUGGUCCCCGGUCUCAAGCAGAUAAUUCAGAAGUGUGUGGAUGUUGAGAUCAUCUCUGUUGCGGAUGGUGGCAAGGAGAGUGUCGUCAUCAAGGAGGACGGAAGCAAGGGCGAGCAGAGGAAGGAGCUACCCCCACAGGCGGGUAGCGCAGAGCCCGGCAGCCCGAGCUUUGCGUUUGAGAAUAUCGAGAGUCUACCACUGAGGUAG